CUUUUUUAGAAGAAGAGUCAUUUCGGUUCACGCAGCUCCAGCAGCUGCUUAUCCAAACAGGUCAUGACGGAGCCGGGCACGGACAGGUCCGCUAAAACUCCACCGACCGCGGCGGAGACACAGCUCCUCCGCCGGCGACAGGAGCUCGACUACUGGAAGCAGAACGCCGCGCGGGUCCGCGGCCGGAACCUGCUCACCGGCCUGGCUAUCGGAGCCUUCGUGGUCGGCUUGUUCAGCUACACCAUCCUGUCCGUCAAACAGGAGCGGAUCAUGGACGAGCUGGACCAAGAAGCCAAGGUCCACAUCGUCAGAGGGCCGCGGACCGGCGCCAACUCGUGACGGUACCGACCCCUGGACUUCCCGUGGAGUAGACGCAGAGACUCCCACUGGCGUGUGAUGAGUCCCGUCUGCUGAGCGUCUCAUACUACAGACACGUUUCCAUUUCACCUCCAACCCUAACCCACUCAACUCUAUUUAGUUGUUAUUGUUGGGGAUUUCCAUUUGUAUAAAAGCUGUGGAUAUUGGGGCUGGGACCAUGUGGUUUUGUCCCAAUUCCAUUCGUUCAAAAUACACAAAAGUUUAGUAAUACGCCUAUAGAGACAAUAUGACCCCCCAAAAUUUCACUGAAUGCGUAAUGGCUGUGGAUCCACUCCGGAACGUGGGCGGAGUCAUUAGUUUCCAUUAAAGUUAAUGUGUGUAUUUCCACUGACUGAAGAGCGACUGCGUCCCGACUCCGUCCCAGCUCCGGCGGUCCCCUGCCCUCCGGAGCAGAUACCCAGAACUUCUACUGUUGCCGGACGCCGGAGAGCUCCGCAGCAAGUCGGCACACAAGAGAUCGUGGAGGACAGGAAGUCAAACACCAAAACAAAUAAAACCUCCGGUUAAUUUUCAAAAUAAAAUGCAUCGUGCUCACUGCGGAUCAUAUCUCCCUGCACUCCACCUUGAACACAGCACACAGCUGUCCCCCUCUACUCCUCUGGAUAGAACUGUGGUGGUUUUGUGGUUCUAUUCUACGUGAAUUUGCCAGAUCUUGUGGGUUCUUGUGACUUCCAUUGCUUCUUUUCUGUUUGGAAAUAUUGUACAGUCUAUUGUCAAAAUUAUUGUUCUGAACUAUUUCUGGAUAAAUAUAAACCUACUUUGAAUAAAGUGUGGUCUCAACAUAUUGUGGAAGGUCUAUUAUUUCCUAAUACAUUCACUUUCACUU